AUGCCCCCCCCUGCGCCCGGGGCCCGGCUCCGGCUUCUCGCCGCCGCCGCCCUGGCCGGCCUGGCCGUCAUCAGUCGAGGGCUGCUGUCCCAGAGCCUGGAGUUCAGCUCCCCUGCGGACAACUACACAGUGUGCGAAGGUGACAACGCCACGCUCAGCUGCUUCAUCGACGAGCACGUGACCCGAGUGGCCUGGCUGAACCGCUCCAACAUCCUGUACGCGGGCAACGACCGCUGGACCAGCGACCCGAGAGUGCGGCUGCUCACAAACACGCCCGAGGAGUUCUCCAUCCUCAUCACCCGGGUGGGGCUGGGCGACGAGGGCCUCUACACCUGCUCCUUCCAGACCCGCCACCAGCCGUACACCACUCAGGUCUACCUCAUCGUCCACGUCCCCGCCCGCAUAGUGAAUAUCUCUUCGCCCGUGACCGUGAACGAGGGGAGCAAUGUCAACCUGCUCUGCCUGGCCGUGGGGCGGCCGGAGCCCACUGUCACCUGGAGGCAGCUCCGAGAUGGCUUCACCUCCGAAGGAGAGAUCCUUGAGAUUUACGACAUCCAGCGGGGCCAGGCCGGGGAAUACGAGUGCGUGACGCACAACGGGGUUAACUCUGCACCUGACAGCCGCCGCGUGCUGGUCACAGUGAACUAUCCUCCGACCAUCACGGACGUGACCAGCGCCCGCACAGCCGUGGGCCGGGCCGCCCUCCUGCGCUGCGAAGCUAUGGCGGUCCCCCCCGCGGAUUUCCAGUGGUACAAGGAUGACAGACUGCUGAGCAGUGGCGCGGCCGAGGGCCUGAAGGUGCAGACGGAGCGCACCCGCUCGAUGCUUCUCUUCGCCAACGUGAGCGCCCGGCACUACGGCAACUACACGUGUCGCGCAGCCAACCGGCUGGGAAUGUCCAGCGCCUCCAUGCGGCUCCUGCGCCCAGGAUCCCUGGAGAACUCGGCCCCGAGGCCCCCAGGCCCUCUGACCCUCCUCUCCGCCCUGGGCUGGCUGUGGUGGAGGAUGUAGGAAGAACCCAGUGCCCUGGAGUCCCCCCGUGGGGGGGGGGGUCUGAGGCCGAGAGCAAGGGGAGAAGGGGCAACAAGCGCCACGGGUCUCGAGGGGGCAGAGGCGCUCUCGGCCGCCGAGGAAGAAGAGGAAAAGGAAGAGAAGGAGGAAAGAUCUUUACAGAACCCAUCACUGUGAGGGAUAACGCAAAAUUAUGCAUCUUUCUACAGCCAUUCUCGCCACUGUUCACCUUUCCGAUUGUGACCCAUCCCCGGCCACCCCUCACCCCUCUCUAAGCUCAGGCUGUCAACUGGAUCGCGUGUGUGUAGUGGGUGUGAGCGUGAACCUGCGCGCGCGCGCGUGCGUGCGUGUGUGAACGGGUGGGGAAGGGAGCUCAGCACUCUUCCCUCCUCGACACCCCGCACAUCCACUGCCCCCAACCUUGCUGUCUCUCGACACCCCGCACAUCCACUGCCCCCAACCUUGCUGUCUCUCACCUCUGGCUAGAGGUAGGUAUGGGGGCUUCGUGCCGGAAGCUGUGAGGAGAGGUUUUCCAGGCUCCCUGCUUUCCCAGUAUAUGCAUUCACACCACCCGCUCCCCACCCUGUUGAAAGGCUGUCUCCUGGGCAGGUUGGGAGUGGGCAGGGCCAUCACGCUUGUCUGUCAAGCUGUCACUCAGCCUCUGUGAGCAGGUACAGGAUCUCCACCUUGGCUCUGGGCCUCCCUGCUGUCAGCCGGCCGGCUGCCUGAAGCCAGAGGCCCCAUCACUGGCUCAGCGGCCUGAGACCUUCCCACUUUCCCUGUCCCUCCCCACCCUGGACUUUCUGGCCCCCUCCUGGGCCAAUCGGUGCUUCCAUCCAAAUGUCAGGCUGGUGACUGUUGUCACCUGUCUGUCUCAGUGCUUUGUCCUACCCUGCCCCCACUCCCCUCCACCACCUGCAGCGCCAACCAGCUGCCUUCUGCCCCCCUGCAGCCGGCCCACGGGUGUGGGCUUGCUGGGCUACCACUCCCUGGCCUCUCCACCGGCUGAACCUUCUAAAGGCUGACCUGACUGCCCUCACACACACACACACACACACACACACACACACACACACACACACCAGCGACUGACCAGCAAUAGCCCCCCGGCUCCAGCUGUCCUGUAGCUGGUGACCAGCUGUAGAUCCCCCCAGGAUGGGCAACUGUUAUCAGGAAGGGGCUCUGAGGCUGUAACUUCAGCUCUGAUUGUAGGAGCACCCGGCCCUGGCACACCACAUCACACAAAGUGGGGGAGAGAGAGGCAUCACACAGACAUCCUGAGCCCAGACCAAGAUGCCAAGUCACCAGCUCCAACUCCUGGGAGACCCUCUAUAAACACCCUUAACUACGCCACCCAGAGCUUGGGAGGGGGAGAGAGGGCAGAGCAGGGGCAGUGACUGUACCUCAGACGGGGGCGUGGGCCCCAUCCCACAUUGUCUUCCAUUCCCAGGGUCCGGGGGACAGGGAGGGCAUGGGGAGGGAUGCAAGGGAGGGGGGGCGGGGGGCCCUGGGGGCCGUGUGUUCCAAGUCAUGGGGAGUGUUGAGACCACCACACCAAUAAACGCCUUUUUCCAAAGUCUCCGCCUGCAGGUGUCAAUGUCAGUAAGGAUAUGGGUGAGUGGAGGGCAGAGAGUUGUGGUCCUGGAUGGUGCCUCCCCAGCAUCAUCUCUGCCCUCCCUUUUCUCGCUGGUAGAUUUGGAAUUGACCCAUUUGCAGAGGUGGCGCAACUGGCUAAAGCCACUCAGCAUAGCCCGUUUCCCACUGUGACUGGUUCAGAGGUGGGCACAUGACCCAGCCAGACUAAUGAGAGAGUGAACACCAGAGCUGUGUGGGUUUCCCAAGAAGAGAUGCUCUUCUGCUGGAUCAUGUGGCUCAAUGGCGUGAAGUCUAGAUCUGCAGGGUUCCUUUUCUCCAUCUCAUGGAGAGAUCUUGGGUCUAUGGGGCCUGAGAAUGAUAGAAACACUAUGGAAUGCAGAGUGGAAGGUCUAGAGAAACUGAGUCCACGAUGACGUCACUUGAGCAAGUAGAUCAAAACUUACCUGAUGCCCACUUUCGCUUACAUAAGCAAUAAAGUCCCAUGUAUGUUUAAGCCAACUCAUGUUAGGUUUUCUGUUUCUAGUGAUUAAAAAGGAAAUGAAAAUUCUAGCUGAUAUAGAUGUAGAGAGUCCAGGUAUCCAGGACCCCAGCCACCACCUUCUUAAAAAGAUCCAAGGACUGUAUUUCCUAAAGGCCUCUUUCACCCCAAUCUUUAACCAGAAUCCUUUCCUUCCCUGAGACAGAUGCCGGUUGCCUAUACUUUAGUUGUUUCCACUUUCCUCUUUGCCCACCUCCCACGAUACAGGCUGAGAUAUUUGGUUUCCCAGCCUCCCUUGCAGUGAUGUGGCCAGUUUUUGUUCAAUGAGACAUAAGGGCAGUUCACUGUUAGGCUUCCAGGAAAUUUCUUCCCCCACUCAUGAGAGGAGAGGAACGCUGCUCCCUUCCUUUUGUCUUCAGAUACAGUUGUGUGAAGAUGUGAGCUGCAGCAGCCAUCUUGCUACGUGAGACAAUAUGCUGACCCACUGCGGGUGGCAGAGUAGAAGCACACAAAGAGCCCAGGUACUUGAUGGGGUCACUAAGUUGCUGAGUCAGCCUGAAACCACCUACCCCCAUCUCUUGCCAUCAUUGAUUUUGUUACUUCCAGCCAAAAGAAUCUUCACUGAUGCACUCCUUAAAUUUCCAAUGAGAAACCCAGGUGGAAAAGGAAGGCAUCCUGCUGGGGAUGGUAGCAGCAAGACCAGUCCUUCACUGGCCCCAAAUAUUUGAUCAGCCAACAAAUAUGGAUGGCCUGCUGUGUCCCAAACUCUGUGUUAAGUGCUGAGGAUAAUGACACGGUCUCCACCUUCGAGGAGCUCCCACUUAAGAGGGGGUCGGGGGGCUUCCCUGGUGGCGCAGUGGUUGAGAGUCCGCCUGCCGAUGCAGGAGACACG